AUGUACACUUACACCGACAAACCUCCCGGAUCCACCCCCCAUCACACCUUCGCCACCGUCACCACCAGCUCCCCUCGCAGAGCGGCGGAUAGCAACCGACGUCGCAGCGGCAUCGCAGCAUGUCUCGACCCAAAACUCCGGCCGGCCAUGGACAGUUACUAUGACCUCGGCACCCUGCACCGGCCCGUGAGCACGGCGAGCGCCGUGGCCCAGAAGUGGUUCGACCGUGGCCUCGUUUGGUGCUACGGCUUCAACCACGAGGAGGCGGCCCGCUGCUUCGAGCGAGCCAUCGCCCGCGACAGCGGCUGCGCCAUCGCCUACUGGGGCGUCGCCUACGCCCUCGGGCCCAACUACAAUAAGCCGUGGGACCUCUUCGGCCGUCGUGAGCGCCAGACGACGGCGGAGCGGACCCAUCGCGCCGUCGAGCAGGCGAGGGCCCUCUCGUCCAAGGCCUCGGCCGUCGAGCGGGCGCUGAUCGAGGCUCUCCAGCAUCGCUACCCCGCGAGCCGCGCGCCGGCGAAGCCCGACUUCUGCAUCUGGAACGGCGCCUACGCCGACGCCAUGAGCGCCGUCGCCGCCCGCUUCCCCGACGACCUCGACGUCGCCACCCUGUACGCCGACGCCAUCAUGAACAUGACGCCCUGGAACCUCUGGGACAUCCGAACCGGCGAGCCCGCGCGCGAGGCCCGCACCCUCGAGGUUCGCCGCGUCCUCGAGCGGGCCCUCGGCCUGCCCGGCGGCGACGAGCACCCGGGCCUCCUGCACCUCUACAUCCACCUCAUGGAGAUGUCCUCGACGCCCGAGGUCGCCAUGCCCUACGCCGACCGGCUGCGCGGCUUGGUGCCCGACGCCGGCCACCUCAACCACAUGCCGAGCCACCUCGACAUCCUCGUCGGCGACUACGCGAGGGCCGUCGAGGCCAACACCGACGCCGUCCGCGCCGACGAGCUCUUCCUGAAGCGCGACGGGCCCAUGAACUUCUACACCCUCUACCGCAGCCACGACUACCACUUCCGCCUCUACUCGGCCAUGUUUGCCGCCCAGUCGAGGGUCGCCCUCGAGACCGUCGACAUGCUCGAGGCCAGCGUCUCCGAGGAGCUGCUGCGCGUCGAGGUGCCGCCCAUGGCCGACUGGCUCGAGGCCUUCCUCGCCAUGCGCGUCCACGCCCUCAUCCGCUUCGGCCGCUGGCGGGACAUCCUCGCCAUCAAGCUGCCCGAGGACCAGGACCUCUACUGCGUCACGACCGCCCUCGUCCACUACGCGCGCGGCAUGGCCUUGGCCGCCCUCGGCCGCGUAGACGAGGCCGCCGCCGCGCGCGACCUCUUUCGAGAGUCCGUCCCGCGCGUGAAGCCGUCCCGGACGCUCUUCAACAACAAGUGCGUCGACAUCCUCUGCGUCGCCGAGGCCAUGCUCGACGGCGAGGUCGAGUACCGCGCCGGCAACUACGACGCCGCCUUCGCCCACCUGCGCGAGUCCAUCGUCCGCUACGACGGCCUACCCUUUGACGAACCGUGGGGGUGGAUGCAGCCGGCCCGCCACGCCUACGGCGCCCUCCUCCUCGAGCAGGGCCGCGUCGAGGAAGCGCUGGCCGUCUACAGGGCCGACCUCGGCCUCGAUGAAACCCUGCCACGCGUCCAUCGCCACCCGAACAACGUCUGGGCGUUGCACGGCUAUCACGAGUGCCUGCAGCGGUUGAGAAGGACCUCGGAGGCCGAGCAGGUUCAGCCCCUCCUCAAGGCCGCGCUCGCCCUGGCCGACGUGCCCGUGAACUCGUCGUGCUACUGCAGGACUGUGCAGCCCAAGAUAUAG